GAUUAGGGGCUUUUCAUUUCGUUCCCAUCUUCUGGCGCAAGAAAUCGCAAAGAGAGAGAAAUGAAAGCGAGAGAGCCUCGAAGAUCGGCAGUGCCGAUGGCGUCUCCUUCUUCUCUGAAGGACUCUCCGACAGCUGGCGUACUUGACAAGACUCGCUCAUUGUUUAUGAACGGCGUCAGCAGCAACAAGAAACGCACCUCCGAUCCGUCUACGAGGUCUCCUUCUCGCAAAACCCUAACCUCUGUCUCAGAUCUCAAGGAUCUUCUGUCUUCGCGCCUCGACGAUCUGAGGAGAAAUCUUAUCGAUCGGUCGCAAGCAGAGAUUCUCAAGGACGCGGAAGCCUCCGACUCUCGCCUCCACAAACGAUUGAAGAUAAAAGCAUCCCAGCAAGUGAUGGAUGAAACUGAGAAAGAAUAUAAGAAGAUCAAUCAGCAAAUAUGUGAAACUCAAGAAGCAAUGAAGGUUUCAUAUGCAGAGUUCAUGUCAGAGGCACAGACCGCAGCAUGUCGUGGUACACUUGUAUUUUUUUUCUUUUUUUUCCUCAGAUCUUUGAUAUUAUAAUGACACGAAUUCAAAGGACCUGAAGGUCCUGAACGUUAAAUUGUGACUUCCUUGGUGCGAUGAACUUUGUUAAGCAUAUUUGCCAUUCCUGUUGACGAAUUGCGCAUGUUGACCAAAAGUUGGCCUUACCUGAAAGAGAACCGAAUCUAAACUGCUGCAUUCAAAGGGGUUGUCAAACGGCAUCUUCUCUUGAUGGGUUUCCAGAGUAAUGUUAAUCCUGUGAAGAAUUUUAGAUCAAAUCCUCUGUGCAUGUCUAUAGUUAGUUCAUAGCUUCCCGUGGAAGAUGGGUUGCAUAUUAUCCCAUUCUUUUGGUGCUUUUAUGAUUUUGUCCGGUUUUCAUGCAUUCUUUUCUUUAAUUUUGACCUUGUACGGCACAAAUAGUUAAGUAUUAUCAUGUGUAUAUAAGCUUCAACUUUUGUUUGUAA